GCAGCCACGACGGCUUCCAAGCAAUUUAUUCCAAAUCUUUGUCCUUCUCCAUCUCCUUUGUCCUUUUCUCCUGCUCGAAGUCCCCAUUCAGAUUCAUCUGUCUAUUCUUGCUAUAUCCACUCCUAUAACCUCUGAUGGCCGAGUCCACCGACGUCGAAGGCUCCGCGCCUCCCUCAGACCUCGCCGUCCAUGCCGAGACAGACGCCCCUGAUGCCUCAGAAUUCGAGGACGCUGCCGACGACAUCAUGCUCUCCCCCCGCUCUGAGCGCGACCUCACCGCGUCCGUAACGGAUGCGUCCGAGACUCCCUCUGGCGAGAAACAAACCGAGAAUACGACCGAAGAGGUCAAUGACUCAACUACUGAUGCCGAAACGACCCUUCCGGCUGCCGAAUCAAUUGUGCCCGAAACCGAGUCUGCUCCCGCGACCGCUGCCGUCGACACGUUCGAGGAGCAUGCACUGGUCUCAGAGCUGGCUGCCGAGCCUCAAGCAGACUCUGCCGACGAGCCCUCAUUAGAGUCUCAAGAAGAUCCCGUUGCCAGCGCAGACAGCAAUCCGUACGCUGAAUCAGCUACCACUGCUGCUUCAGAGGCUCCCGAGAUCUCCACUCCCGCUACUCCGCAGACUCCGGCCGGUGAGCCCGAGGCUGACGUAGCGAACGCUACCGAAGAGGUUAAGCUUGGCUCUGAUUCACUCACCCAGGUCGCCCCUGUCCCGAUCGAAGAGAACUUGGAUGACGUCAAUCUCGCCGACGAACCGGCUGCUGCUUCAUCCGCCGCGAUCGCUUCUGCCACGAACGAAGACGUCUCGCCGGCUUCUACCCCGGUUGCCGAGGUAGAGGCAGUUGCACCACCACCUCCCCUUCCGCCACGCAGCCAAAAGAAGAAACCCUUUGCGUGGCUCACGAAGAACAGGUCAAGCGACAAAGAAAAGCCUGUGCCUCCCCUUCCUGAAGAGGCCGCCGCGACCACUGGAUCGGCUUCGCCCACCGCAUCAGAGGCCGGAAGUGCGACUCCUCCUCCGCUCCCCCCGCGUCAUGCCAAGAACAGAGGACUGUCGUCCGUCAGCAGUGCGGCAUCGGUCGCGGUAUCCGCCGUUUCCACCUCGCCUCCAAACUACGAGCUUCUUCUCAGUCGUGUCGACGCCACGCGCGAAGACCUGCAAAGCAAAGAGCAAUCCGAAAAAGAGGCGCAUCUUGCCGGUGCGCAAAAGCUCAAGGAGGAAUUUGAAGCUCUGCGUCAGUCGACUAAUACCAUUGAGUCCGAUGGCGAUAUCGCAGCUAUCGAUUGGGAGUUCUGGACCAUGGUCGUCGCCGACUACCCCAACAUGGCUCGUACUCACCCCGUUGAGCUGUCGCAUGCGGUACAGAACGGAUUACCGCCUCCUCUUCGCGGAACAAUUUGGCAAUUGAUGGCUGCUUCCAAGUCUUUGAUUCUCGAGGAAGUCUACUCAUCGCUCCUAACCGAAUCAAGCCCUCACGAAAAGGGAAUCCGAAGAGAUCUAUCGCGGACAAGCUUUGCAAAGUCUGCGAACCAAGAUGCGCUUUUCAACAUCAUCAAGGCUUACAGCUUGUGGGAUCCUGAGGUUGGAUAUAUCCAGGGAAUGGCUUUCAUUGCUGUGCCCCUCAUCCUGGUUAUGAAGGAGCAAGAGGCGUUCUGCUUGCUUGUCGAUCUCAUGAAAUCGUACAAUCUUCGCGAACUUUAUCUGCCCGAGAUGCCCGGUCUUCACUUGCGUCUGUAUCAGUUCGACCGAAUCAUCGAGGAUACAUUGCCUACGCUUUACCGCCACCUCUCCCGACAAGGCGUUCUCUCUUCAAUGUAUGCCAGCCAGUGGUUCUUGACGAUGUUUGCCUACAAAUUCCCGCUUUCGAUUGUCUUGCGAAUUUUUGACAUUGUCGUCGCCGAGGGUCUUGAGGCGAUUCUUCGUUUCGGCGUCGCGCUGCUCCGCAAGAACGAGGCUUCGAUUCUAGAACUCGAGUUUGACGCGCUCGUCACUUUCCUCAAGGGAGGACUAUUCGACAUCUACGUCGACAACGAGGCAGCGAAAAGUCACAGCCGGAGUCCGUCUUCGCUGUUCCGAACAUCGAGCAAUAACAGUCAUUCGUCAUCGGAGUCCAUAUAUCGGGUCAAUGACCUCGUUGCUGACGCGUAUGCUGUCAAGAUUCUUCCUGAGACGCUCAAGAAGUAUGAAAACGAGUACACCGAGCUUCAUCGGGUGGAGAAGGAGCGCGCGGAGGAGAUUGAGCAUCUGAAGACCUUGAACGGCCAGCUCACGCUGCAGAUCAAGAGACUCGAGGCGAGCCUUGCCACUCUGAACGUUGAGCACAUCGAGGUUGCCAACGAGAUGGUGCAGGGCAAGGUCGAGAUCGAGAAGCUCAAGGACGAAAACACGGAUUUAAAAGCCAUGAACGAAGAAUUGACGAAAAAGAACGAGGAGCUUCAGACCCAGCUUGAUACUCUGCCUGCGACCGUUCAGGCCGAAGUUGAAGCCAAGCUUAAGGGCGAGAUGGAUGAGCUUAUGAAGCGAAACCUCGAGGUCAUGGAUCUUAACCGUACGCUUGAAGAUCAGCUAGCAUCUACAGAGUCACAGCUCGCAGACACCAAAGUCCAGUUUGCUUCCGUUAAUGCCAAGCACGAGUCCCUCAACCGGAGAUGGCACGACAUUCGGAAGGUCUUGGAGGGAGGCAAUGAGGAGUGAAAAAGCAGAUGAAUCAGGGAGCCGCUCAUUGUCAUAUAUCGUUUGUGUUUUGCAUUUAUCUUUCUCGACCAGGUUUCAUUCUUUGCCGUUGCUUAACAUUGUAUAGAACUAGUUUUGUUUCGUCUUCAUGUCCUUCUAUUUGGGUAUGAUGAUUUGAAGCGAAUACAAACAUAAGUAAACAUCAGCUCUCGAUGCAUUUUUUCUGUAUUAAGUAGCCAAUAUUUCUCACUUGUACGUAAAUACUUUUGGUUUGGCCUGUGCCAAUUACUAUAGUGAGUGACCUUUAC